UUUGGUGUGUACCUGUAUAAAUGUGUCGAGCCCAUUCAAAAGAACACCUUCUGUGAGAGUCUUCACGGAUUCAAGAUGAAGUUCUUCUUAAUACUGUUGGUUUUCGUGGCGGGCGCUUUUGCUAGCCCUGAAGAGAACGUUGGAGUAGAGGACCCUGACCUAUUUGAGGGGGACAUGAGGCUGACAGACGCCCAGAGACUUGCGGCCCAGAUGGGUCAAGAUAUCGACAGCCCGUCUGCGCGUGGCGGCAUCAAGACCGGCCGCUGGCCAGAAGGAGUGAUGGCGUACACUAUUGAUAGAAGUCUCAGCCAGAACAGCCGCGCUAUGAAUGCCAUUCGCGCAGGAAUGAAGAUGUGGACUGAUAACACUUGUAUCAGAUUCAAGGAAAGGACCAAUGAAUACGCGUAUGCGAGAUUCUGGAGAGGAAGAGGGUGCUCUUCUAUGGUCGGUCGCACGGGUCGGAGGCAAGACAUCUCAUUGGCUGGAGGAUGUUGGUACCCAGGAACUGUUGCACACGAAAUUGGUCACGCACUUGGUUUCUACCACGAGCAGUCACGCCCCGACCGUGAUAAUUACGUGACUAUUCACUGGAAUAACAUUUCACCGAAUAUGAAGUUCAACUUUAACAUGUAUCCUCGCUCAACCAUCGAUUCCCUGGGAACUCCUUAUGACUACCGCAGCGUUAUGCAUUACCAAGGAAACGCAUUUAGCAGUAACGGCAGAGCUACGAUCACUGCCAAGCAAUCCGGGGUAACCUUGGGCAACCGUAGACAACUGAGCAAGGUAGACAUUCAGCAGAUGAACCUGAUGUACAAGUGCAGCGGAGGAGGGGGAGGGGGAGGAGGCGGACCUAACCCCCCACCCCCACCCCCACCACCGCCAACUGACUGUCGCGACACCGGUCGGUAUUGUAGCUACCACGUCCCACUUGGAGAUUGCAAGAAAAUGGACAUCGUUCGACGAAAGUGCAAGAAGAGCUGUGGCCUCUGUUAGGUCGCCGCUGUGACUACAAAUUUGGAAAUGAAAACAAAUGAAACAAAAUUAAAGAGAGAAAAUUCCUCAA